UAUAGACACGCGUGUUUCUCAUUUGUUAGGAAAGCUGGAUUCCUAUUGGUUGGCGUUGCUUUGCAACAAAUACCGUGCGAAUGGGUAUGCGAACCCCGUUAUAGACGCGGCGGGUUUCUCGUUCAAUCGCCACUUUUAGUCAUUCCCGCGAACGCGAUUUUUUUCUGAUAAAUUGAGCCGUUUUCGUCCGAUGAAGAUAGAGUGCCGUUAAAUAUUUUCUCUUCGUACACAGUGUCGCAAUAUUUAAGCCCGGGGUCCAGUCAUGCAACGACCAACUCGAAACGGUAUGCAGGGGAGAAAUUUUCUGUUUCAACGAUCGGAUCUGAAUCAACGAACUCCCAGUCUGUUUGAAACGUGGAGGCUGACCGAGAUAAAGUGUUUCAAUUCGUCCUCAAAUUUGUCGUCGCAGUCCAAUUUGUUUUGCAAACAAUCGUUCGAGAAUACGUGCAACUCGUACAUUACACCACCAGUGGAGAAGAUAUACGUAAAAACGCCGAGGGCGCCAGUGAAGUUCAAGAAGCAAGUGAAGAAGGGCGAUUUAAGGCCGAAGAAGUUACACUACACCGACGACGAACUGGACAAUUCCUCAACCAACACAGACAGCGGCAUUAACGUUCAAUUUGACCAAUCAAACGACACGUUUCACAAACAACGUGCAACGAAAUGCAAUAGAUUAGAUUGCACGCAGAGUCAGAUGCGUGGAUUACGCGCGAAAUUAGACAGGAUUAAGAUGCAUACGGAUGACAAAGAAAACGACAAAAGUAUUGUAGAAAAUAGCAGAAACAAUGUAGCACAAGAAUCUGUAGUAUUCAAUCCAAAUGCAGAGGUGUUGUCACAAUGUGACGAUAAUCUUGAUUGGAAAGAGAAAUUAUACUGGCUACAGCCUAGAAGGGACGUUGGUUUAUGGAUUGAGUGCUGUAGGAAAAAAUGUAAAAAAUGGAGAUACAUUGAAAGUUACCAUGAUCCGGUAGAUGUGCCUAAACUAUGGUAUUGCGAAAUGAAUUCUGAUAAAUCAAUGGCAUCUUGUGAUGUACCAGAACAUCCAAAAUCACAAGCCAUCAAAACUGACUUAAUUGAAAACGAUUACAAUGCAGGUAGCAUUGUUUGGGCACGUAUUAAAGGCUAUCCAUGGUGGCCUGGUAUCGUUAACGAUUGUCCUGAAACUUGCACAUAUUAUAAAUUACCUAAAAAUUCUCUUAAACCUAACAAAUACUAUGUCACAUUUUUUAACAAAGAAAAACUUGAAAGUAACUGGAUUUCCAAGGGAAAUAUUAAAUCAUUUAAAACAAAUAAAUAUACUACACUUAUUAGACAGACAAAGUUUAAUGGAAUUGAUUACAAAAAGCCUUUACAAGAAGCUUAUGAAAUGGCCACAAAUGCACUUUCAUUAUCAAUUUUAGAAAGAUUAAGAAGAUUCAGCUUUCUGGCAUUCUAUGAGAAAUUUUAUGACAUCAACAAUAAUUCGUCACAAAUAAUAAACAAUAAUUCAACAACAGAUAUUUCAUCAGAUAUGGACACAAAUUCAGAUGAUGAAAUACCCUGUUCAAAACCUAAGAAAAAGCAGUACACUUUGAAAGAGUAUUAUUUAGAUGUUAUAUGCAAAAAUCAAAGAUAGACGAUAAAUGAGAUAGACAUUCAAUUCAACAUUCAAUAAAUAAUGAAUUUCUGUUAUAAAUACAAACAAUACGUAUGAUAUAAAGAAUUAAGGUAUACUUAUGUUUAGUCCAGUCCUAUUAUUAUAUGAUAUAAUAUUAAUGCUAAAAUAUUUAUCAUACAUAACUUCUUACUGUCCAAGUUGUAUGAAAUAAAAUUUAUAACCUAUAAAUUUGGUUUUCGUAAC